AGCGGGCCAGAAUGAAUUUGUCCUCACUCCCAAGGCUCCAUCUUUCACCAAAAAGCGGAGAUACAUUUACUUCCGAUACAACAAAAAACACGGAUCACUACCACUAGUCGGAGCACUAGUUGUCCAGCUCCACGAAACUUCCUUUACUCUUUUCUUCUCCCUUGACAACACUCUAAGACAAAAGAACAGCUGCGUACUUACCGGUAACUAUAUGGUCUGUAUACACAUACAUAAAUGAAUAAAUAGACAGGAGUUAUUGAAGAAUUUGAGAUCUGGGGUUGUUGUUUUGAUUGAAGAAGAUAUGGGUAGCUCAGAGGAGAGAGUUGUUGCUGUCAUCAUGGUUGGCGGACCUACUAAAGGUACUAGAUUCAGGCCAUUGUCAUUGAAUAUUCCAAAGCCUCUUUUUCCUUUAGCUGGACAACCAAUGGUUCACCAUCCAAUCUCUGCUUGUAAAAAGAUUCCAAACUUGGCACAGAUCUAUCUUGUUGGUUUCUACGAGGAACGAGAGUUUGCUUUGUAUGUUUCCUCAAUCUCCAAUGAGCUGAAAGUUCCUGUUAGAUAUUUGCGGGAAGACAAGCCACAUGGUUCUGCCGGUGGGCUUUAUAACUUCAGAGACCUAAUCAUGGAAGAUAGCCCAUCCCAUAUCUUUCUAUUGAAUUGUGAUGUUUGCUGCAGUUUUCCACUCCCAGAAAUGCUUGAGGCCCACAGAACAUAUGGUGGGAUGGGAACUAUCCUAGUAAUCAAGGUCUCUGCUGAGUCAGCCAGCCAGUUUGGCGAAUUGGUAGCUGAUCCUGACACCAAUGAGUUGUUGCAUUACACAGAGAAGCCUGAAACUUUUGUAAGUGACCGGAUAAAUUGCGGUGUUUAUGUGUUUACACCAGAAAUAUUCACAGCCAUCCAGGAUGUUUCUUCUCAACGGAAAGACAGAGCUAAUCUGAGACGUAUUUCCAGCUUCGAAGCCCUCCAAUCAGCUACAAGGAGUCUUCCAACCGAUUUUGUAAGAUUGGAUCAGGAUAUCCUGUCACCCCUUGCAGGAAAAAAACAGCUAUAUACAUAUGAAACCAUGGACUUCUGGGAACAAAUCAAAACUCCUGGAAUGUCUCUAAAGUGCUCUGGUUUAUAUCUUGCCCAAUUCCGAUUCACCUCACCCCAUCUUUUGGCUGGUGGUGAUGGCUCAAAGACUGCUACCAUUGUUGAUGAUGUUUAUAUACAUCCAUCAGCAAAAGUACAUCCAACUGCCAAGAUUGGUCCCAAUGUCUCUAUAUCCGCUAAUGCUCGUAUAGGACCAGGUGCAAGACUCAUCUGUUGUAUCAUCCUAGAUGACGUUGAAGUCAUGGAAAAUGCAGUUGUCAUUCAUUCAAUUGUCGGGUGGAAGUCUUCCAUUGGGAGAUGGUCCCGUGUCCAGGCUGAAGGGGACUACAACGCCAAGCUUGGGGUUACAAUUCUUGGCGAAGCUGUUACUGUUGAAGAUGAAGUGGUGGUGGUUAACAGCAUUGUCCUCCCGAACAAGACACUCAAUGUUAGUGUUCAGGAGGAAAUUAUUUUGUAGACGACCUGGAUGGCUCCGAUGUCCAUUUCUGCCUUCUCUCUUUCACCGGGAAUCCAAUAUUUUUAAACAGUUUAGUAUCAAGGUUGUAAAUUGAAAUUUGCGAAUUACAAUAAUAAGAAAUUUAUUUAAAAAAAUAAAGAACAAGAACAUGCAUAUUCAGAAUAAA